AUGACUUCCAAGGCGCCCUCCUCCACCUCCUACCUCCUCCUCGCCCCCGUCGCGGUCCUGCUCCUCGUCUUCCUACUCUCGUCCGUCAACCGCUCCGGCGGCGGCUCCGAUGGCCUCGGCGUCCUCUGCACCCGCCGCGCCGUCGCCGACAACUAUACCGUCGUGUCGGAGGAGGCUCCCAGCAAGCCCGAGCUGAGCCUGCUGGUGGGCAUCCUGACCAUGCCGAAGCUGCGCGAGCGGCGCGACAUCGUGCGGCUCGCGUACGCGCUGCAGCCGCCGGUGCCCGCGUACGCGCGCGUCGACGUGCGCUUCGUCUUCUGCAGCGUGACCGACCCGGUGGACGCCAUGCUGGUGUCCCUCGAGGCCGCGCACCACGGCGACAUCAUCGUGCUGGACUGCACCGAGAACAUGAACAACGGCAAGACGUACGCCUACUUCUCCUCCGUGCCGCGCAUCUUCGCCGACGCGCCCUACGACUACGUCAUGAAGACCGACGACGACGCGUACCUGCGCGUGCCGGCGCUGGUGGAGGAGCUCCGGGGCAAGCCGCGCGACGACGUCUACCUCGGCUGGGGGUUCAACAUGAGCGGCGACCCGAUGCUGUUCAUGCACGGCAUGGGGUACGUCAUGUCCUGGGACCUGGUGAGCUGGGUGGCCACGGCGGAGGAGAUCCUGGAGAGGAACGACACCGUCGGGCCUGAGGACCUCAUGCUCGGCAAGUGGGUCAACCUCGCCGGGAAGGGGAAGAACCGCUACGACCUCAAGCCGCGGAUGUACGACCUCAACUGGGACAUGGACAACCUGCGGCCGGACACCGUGCUCGUGCACACGCUCAAGAACAACCGCCGGUGGGCGACGACGUUGGAGUACUUCAACGUCACCGCGGGGAUCAAGCCGUCCAACUUGCCGUGAUCAAUCGCUUCUUCUCGAUUCCUGUGAUGUACAUGUACUCGUCAACUGUGUGUAUUCUUUAGUUGAGAUUUCGAUCGCCCAGGCGCAUCCGCCAUGGCCAUGUGCUGACCCGCUUGAAGCCGCCGGGCCAGACGAAUUGUCCCCGGCAGUUACCUUUCGAUAUGGCUUUCUUGGUGACGACCGAAUGCGGGACCUUGGUUCCUGCAGUUAAUUCUUCAUAGCGUCAUCACGAUCU